UCGAAAAGGACAGAAAAACGCCGUGAUAUGGUGGAUGCCGACGAAGUUUUUGAAAUCAUUCGCAACAUUCAAGACCCGGAGCAUCCGUUGACUUUAGAGCAGCUAGGUGUUGUUAGCAAACGUCAAAUUGACGUACACGAUAUUAUGGAUGAUCGACUGGACCAACGAAUAGCGUCGUACAGUACUCUAGACGUCCGCUUUACUCCAACCAUCCCGCACUGUUCGAUGGCGACACAUAUUGGUCUCUGCCUACGAGUGAAACUCGAUCGGUCGCUGCCGCCACGUUUCAAAGUCAAGGUCCGUAUCGAGCCUGGCUCGCACAGUAGCGAAACUGCUAUUAACAAGCAGCUAGCUGACAAAGAGCGAGUUUGUGCGGCUCUGGAAAACAAGCAUCUUUUGGGUAUUGUCAAUCGGUGUAUUAUCGACGGAAUGACUAGGAACAUGACUUGA